AAAGGGGUUGGGGUGUCCUGAAGGACGGGGGGCUGUGCCCCGCUGAUGCCACCAUGUCCCCCGCGGGGCAGGUGGCUGCUGCAGGGACCCCCCUCCCCAAAUUAAGGGCUGUCCCCGGGACCCCCGUGACGCCCCCCGGGGAGGCUCCGGCACGGGGCUGGGGGGGCGAUCACCACCAUGGGGACCCCCCCAUCCCCCUGGGGUCACCCUGGGCAUGGCCUGGGGGUCCCCAAACUGCACCCCCGCCCCACUUCACCGUAGCCAUCCACUGCUGCCCCAUCGCGGGGAUUUGGGGGGGCGACGGGGGUCCCGUGCAGUGUCCCCCUCCCCCCGCCCGGGACUCCCCCAAAUCCCCCCUCGGUCACCCCAGAACUUUCCGCCAUCGCUUUAAGGCACCGUCGGCAGGGGCAGCGCUUCCCGCUCGGCGCCUGCGCUCGCCGCGCCGCCCGAGCCUCCGCCGGCCUGGCCACGGCACGAAUUGGGGGUGUCCCCCCCCCCCCCCCACCACGUACUGCCACCGGAGCCCCCCCAAAACCUGCCCGACCCCCCCACUCUAAGCGCCGCAGAACGAUGGGCUGAACGCAUCCGGCGUCUUCCAGGCACAGGCCGGGCUGCGGGGUGCGGGAAACAAAGACACCCCCCCCCCAAAAAAAGCCCCUCGGCGCGGGGCUGGGGGGGUCACCGAGCCCCCCACGGGCGCUGAGGGACCCCCCCGGUUUGCCCCGAGGAGCCGCAGAGCCGCCGGUCCCGCUUUGAGGAGCGACAGCGCCGGGAGCAGCAGGUGCCCCCAUGGCGUCGUUCCGCAUCCGGCAGUACCAGGAGCAGGACUACGAGGCCGUGCGGGCGCUGUUCGCCCGCGGCAUCCUGGAGCACGCUCCGGCCGGCUUCCGGCAGGUGCUGCGGGCGGCGCGGGUGCGCCUGGCGCUGCUGGCCGUGUUCGUGGCCGCGCGGGCGGCCGCCGGCUCCUGGGUGCUGGGGCUGGGCGCGGUGGCGCUGGCGCUGGUGCUGCUCUGGGUGCUGGUGCGCUCGCUCAGCGCCGAGUACGUGCGCGAGGCGCUGGGCACCGACCUGUGCGACGUGCCCGGCACGUACCUGCGCCCGCCCGACCGCCGCUUCUGGGUGGCCGAGGAGGGCGGCGCCGUGGCGGGCAUGGUGGCGGCGGUGCCCGCGGGCCGCGGCGAGCUGGAGCUGAAGAGGAUGUCGGUGAGCCGGGAGCACCGCGGCCGCGGGCUGGCGCGGGCGCUGUGCCGGGAGGUGCUGGCGUUCGCCCGCGCCCGCGGGUACGGCGCCGUGGUGCUCAGCACCUCCAUGGUGCAGGUGGCGGCGCAGCGGCUCUACGAGGGGCAGGGCUUCCGCAGGGUGGGCACCUCGUACCCCUCGCUGCUGGGCACCUUGCUGAACUUCCAGAUCUUUCACUACCGCUGUGACCUGGGGGACGCCCAUAAGUAGGGCCCGGGCGGCGCCGCGCGGAGGGUCCGGCGCGGCGCCCCAAAGCUGGCACGCGGCGCCGUGAGCCCGGGACGUGAGGCGUCGCCGUGGCACCCGAACCCUGGCACCGCCGCUGCCCGCGAUCCCUGGCACUGCUAUGGCACCCCAAACCCGGCCCCGGGACGCGACCCCGUCGCUCCGACCCCAGUCCUGGCACAGCAGCACUGGCACAGCGCCACGAUCACAGGACGUGAAGCAGCACCGUGGCACCACGGCCUGGCGCUGCCCUGGCACCCUGGCCUGGCGCUGCCCUGGCACCCUGGCCUGGCACUGCCCUGGCACUGUGACACCAGGACAUGUGGCACUGCCCUGGCACCCCAGCCUGGCACUGCCCUG